AUGGCGCAGGACGACAAUGACAAGAAGCCCACCGCCGCAGAGAAGGGCAAGGGCAAGGCCGAUGACACACCCAUUCAGAAUGGUGAUGCCCAAAAACCCUCAACGAAAGACGGCGAGAAGGUCCUAAAUGGCAAACAAGAUGUCCCUGCCGAAGAAGAGCUCAGCGAGGAAGAUCAACAACUCAAGAGUGAACUUGAGAUGCUCGUUGAACGGCUGAAGGAAGAUGAUACCUCCCUUUACAAACCCGCCAUUGAUGCCAUCAAGAACUUCAUUAAGACAUCUACCUCCUCCAUGACCGCCGUUCCUAAACCUCUCAAAUUCCUUCGACCACACUAUGAUGAACUUGCAGCCCUCUACGACAAAUGGUCUGCUGGCACCGAUCGAGACUCACUAGCAGACAUGCUUUCCGUUCUAGGAAUGACUUAUGGCGACGAGGAGAAAUUGGAAACUCUCAAGUACCGGUUACUGUCAAAAUCAGACGACCUGGGCUCUUGGGGUCAUGAAUACAUUCGUCAUCUGGCUCUAGAAAUCGGCCAGGAAUACCAGAAUCGACUGACUGAUGAGCGGGAAGUCGGAGAUCUCACCGAACUGGCUUUGUCCCUUGUCCCUUAUUUCCUGAGCCAUAAUGCGGAAGCAGAUGCCGUUGAUCUCUUGUCUGAGCUUGAGAUGAUCGAAGAGAUCCCUCGCUUUCUCGAUGAAAACACCUUCUCACGUGUUUGCCUGUAUAUGCUCGGCAUGGUCAACCUGCUCACAUACCCCGACGAUGUCGCCUUCCUCAAAACAGCACACGACAUCUACGUAAAGUACAACAAACUCGCCCAGGCUAUCGUGGUAGCUAUCAGACUCAAUGACCAUGAGUUGAUACGGCAAGAUUUGGAGUCAACAGAUGAUGUUGCCUUGAAGAAGCAAUUAGCCUUCCUCAUUGCACGACAGAGAAUAUCAUUAGACGUCCCCUCGGAGACCAAAGACGAGCAAGAUAUUGCAGAGUGCCUUGGAAACACACAACUACCCAACCAUUUCAAGACUCUUGCAAAAGAGCUCAACAUUCUAGAACCCAAGGUCCCAGAAGACAUCUACAAGACCCACCUGGAAUCAGGACGUGGGAGCUCCGCUGCUGCAGACUCGGCCAAGCACAAUUUGGCCAGCGCUUUCGUUAAUGCAUUCGUCAAUGCCGGUUUCGGUAGUGACAAAUUGAUGCUUGUGGAAGGUGAACAGCGCCCAUGGGUUUGGAAGACCAAAGACGAUGGCAUGCUUUCUACAACUGCGUCUCUGGGUUUACUCAUGCAGUGGGAUGUUGAAGGCAGUCUUGACACUAUCGACAAAUUCCAACAGCUUUCAGAAGAUAGUAUCAAAGCUGGUGCGCUCUUGGCAUAUGGCAUUGUCAAUUCUGGUGUCAGAAUGGAGGGUGACCCAGUAGUCUCCCUUCUAAGCGACGACGACGUUCUUCAAAGCCCUAAGCCGUCAAUAAGAUUGGCCGCCAUCAUGGGUCUUGGUCUAUCGUAUGCAGGCUCAAACCGUGAAGAUCUGCUUGACUACCUCCUACCUAUAGUGGAAGAUAGCACAUUGGAGAUACAGCAAUCUGCCAUGGCAGCCGUGUCACUCGGCAUGAUUUUUGUCGGCUCAUCAAACAAUCAAGUUGCGGAAGCCAUCGCGACUCAAUUGAUGGACGAUGAGCGACAGAAACAACUGAAGGACAAAUGGGCCAGAUUCAUGGCUCUUGGUCUAGCCCUCCUCUACUUCGGCAAGCAAGAAGAGGUUGACGUGAUUCUGGACAUCCUCAAGGCCGUCGAUCAUCCCAUGGCUACGCCUACUGCGACACUUGCCUCUGUAUGUGCAUGGGCAGGCACUGGAGCUGUGCUCAAACUGCAAGAACUCCUCCAUAUCUGCAACGACCACAUUGAGGACAAGGAAGAGAACACAGGGGAACAACUGGUUCAAUCUUACGCUGUUCUUGGCCUGUCCCUCAUCGCCAUGGGUGAGGAUGUUGGCCAGGACAUGGUCCUUCGACAAUUUGGACAUCUCAUGCACUAUGGUGAAGCAAAUAUCCGCAAGGUGGUACCGCUUGCCAUGGGUCUGAUCAGUCCCAGUAAUCCCCAGAUGAAGAUAUAUGAUACCUUGUCGAGGUACAGCCACGACAAUGACAAUGAUGUCGCUAUCAACGCUAUCUUUGCGAUGGGCCUCGUUGGUGCCGGAACCAACAAUGCACGCCUCGCACAACUGCUGAGGCAACUUGCCAGUUAUUACCACAGAGACCAGAAUUCGCUCUUCAUGGUGCGGAUCGCACAAGGACUUCUCCACAUGGGAAAAGGCACCAUGUCACUGAACCCCUUCCACACUGAUCGACAGGUAUUGUCGAGGGUUGCUGCUGCUGGAUUGCUUACUGUUCUCGUGUCUCUGAUUGAUGCGAAACAAUUCAUCCUUGGUGACGGUCACUAUCUCCUCUACUUCCUGGCGGCAGCGAUGUAUCCCAGAUUCUUGAUCACCCUCGACGAAGACCUGAAGCCAUUGACAGUAAAUGUCCGGGUGGGUCAAGCUGUUGAUGUUGUGGGAGCUGCUGGUCGACCUAGAACCAUUACUGGUUGGCAAACACAAAGCACACCAGUGCUGUUGGCAUACGGUGAAAGAGCAGAACUGGAGGAUGAGGAAUAUAUUUCUCUGAGCAGUACGCUCGAAAACUUGGUCAUUUUGCGCAAGAAUCCGGAAUGGGGAAGCACCAAAUAG